UUAAUUAUUAUACUGUAUUGCGUAAUCAUACAAAACAAGCUUUAGAAAACAAUCUUUAGGAGAUUUCCCGGACAACUCCCGUUAUAUGUUCAUUAGAAUAGCCAAUGAACAGGGUGGUAAAGUGUGUCUUCGUGAAACGAGAUAUGGCCGUUUUACACUGCCGAGAAACAUGAAAUCGUCCAUUUUCCAUCUCCGUGGAACGUGAUCUAACAUGAUUUAGCAGUUUUGAGUCUACGUGAACCCAGAUCUAGCUUAUAGUUAUUUUCUAGGCGCUGUUUGUUUCAGCCAGUAAAACGUGGAAAGCCAUUUUUAUGUCCGUGAAAAUGUCAUCCAUACCCCCCUUUACCACCCUUAAUGAAAGAUACCAAACAGAAUAUGGAGCAAUGAAAAAAGAGAGUAAGAGAGUGGAAUGUCUUUGACAUUAAAAGAAGUAUAUUUAUUAGAGGGUGCACUGCCGAAACUGAUGUCAUCAUGUUACCAUUUUAAUUAUUAUUACUAGCUUGAGUUGUUCGCUAAAGUUUUCGAUUUUGCAGUUAAGAAAUGUUUGUCUUUGUAGUUAAGAAAUCCAACUCUUUUGAUUCCAUGUUGAACUUUUUCCUUAGUAUUUCAAUGGAUAUAUCAUACAAUGAUGGCAACGACUGCAAUACACUUAUUUCAAUUAACAUUAAAACUGGCUAAGCAUAACUGUAUAUCCGCUAUACUCGGUCGGUCGAUUAGCUGCAAAGUCUUUACAAAUGCCGAAUUAUGUUAUUUAGUAUUCUUUCUGAUCUAUCAUUUAUGCCAAACAGAUAUAUUUUGACCGUUUCGUAGUGGGCAUACCACGGAAACCGAGAAAUAGGCUGGAUGCCAUAGACAGUACACUAGUUAUAUUUUGUCAUUACCACUGUAAUCAUCAUCAUCCUCAUCAUUAUCAUCAUCAUAUGUCAUCAUUAUUAUUAUUGUUGUUGUUGUUGUUGUUGUUGUUGUUGUUAUUAUUAUUAUUAUUAUGUAAGUAAUUUUUAUGCCUUUACUCCCAAUAAUAACAAUUACACAGAUAGGCAGAGGGCUAUACUGCAGCUGGCUCUUUUCGCAGGCAAGACCAGAGACUAUAUGAAUUUUGGCUUUUCUUCCACAGUGGCUCAAAUCCGAUAAAAGUCUUUAAUAAAAAUUGUCCAUGAUAAAUCACCCUUACGAACCAGCGAACGCUGUAUUAUAAUAACUGUAAGAAUAUUUGUUUAGCAAAAGAAGUAAUUAUUUUUGCUUGUAUCAUGAUCCACAGGCAGAUGUCCUUCAAAAGGAGCACGGCGUGGAUGUGGUCGUCCUUAUGUUUGGACGGCACGGCAAAGGGACGACCACAUCCUGCUACGGCACAAGAGGAAGGGGCCUGAAGUUUAUCGGGGACCAGCAGGAGGCCAAACCUGACGAGGAUGGCAAACUUGCCUUCCGCUUGUUUGAUAGAUUCAUGAGAGCCCAAAGAAAAACACCCGCGGCAACAACACCACCCACCGGGUCACCCGCGGCGACAACACCACCCACGGCAGCACCCGCGGCGACAACACCACCCACGGUGGCACCCGCGGCGACAACACCACCCACGGGGGCACCCGCGGCGACAACACCAACCGAGGCGGCGUCAACAUGAACAUAGCAUGCUCCAUGUACAAAACAGAAUAAAUCAGUUUAUUUUUCAA